CACAACCAUCAACACAAAACCAAGAGGAAAGUUUGUUUAUGACUGGUUCAUCAUGGGGAGAGAAUGCCUUCCAUUCAUCUUUCUGAUGCUGCUUCCUGUGGCCUUGGUCUGGGCAAAACCCCCAACCCUCAACACCAUCAGUGAUCUCAUAAACAUUGAGUUUGGCCACCGCUUCCCACGUCACGGCCUUCAUCUGCUUUAUUUUAUUGCUCGUGACCUGGUUGUAGAUAAAAACAAUGUCAUAAUACCAACCUUUGUGCCGGGCAGGGGAGACUGGGGCUUCCAUUACUACAGUAACUGUGAACAGGUGUUUCCACCACUGCAAGAUCAAAACCGACAGGGUUACUACUCAGUGGGGAAUCUGAAUACACCAGCACAGUACCCACUCCCCCCCUUUGUCACCCACAACUAUCGCUUAGCCCCAGAUCAUGCAGAGGCAAACAGGGACAGAGUGGUGGUCAGAACGAGCCCCAACAGCCCACUGUUAGAGGCGCUUUAUAUUACACAGCACUAUCCCCUUGGUAAUCACUAUGACCCGCAAAACACCUGGCAAAUAAGCCCUGCCCUCCUUGGAGAGAUACGUAACUUGUUAAGCAAUGGGGUGGACAGCCUGUCUGUGUUUUUGUAUAUCGCCAACUAUGAUGGAAGUUCAAUGAACUUCAACAACUACUGCUACUACACUGGCCCAGACAUCAACAUAAAUCUGGUGGAAGAAGCAUCAGGCAAACAGCCCCCCACCGAUUACACUGCUGUAAACAAAAGAGUUACCUUGAGUAACAGUAAUAACCACAUUGAGUGCUUUGAAAUAUUGUUGGAGGUGAAAGCCACAAACAAGGGGUAUGCUCGGAUCAGAUGGUCUAAUAUCCCUGACAGGUUGUUGGACAAGGGGGUCCAAGUGAAUGUCUGUGAAGAAGAUGGAAAGUGUUUCACUUCACCUAUUGACAAGAGAAGCUAUGGAACCUACGACACCAGUGAAUACCUAAACAAAGGCCUGAGCCCCCGUCUCCAGUUCAAAGAAACCAAGUAUGAAAUGAUGCGUGGUCCUACCUAUGACGACACAGACAGGAAGCUUCCUGUUGAUAUCAAGGGCUACGAUGCCAGUCUGCAACUCUACACUAAAGACGGAUACGCCUCCGCUCGUCUGAUCAUCAAGAACACAUUCAGCGAUUGGAAGAACAAGUUUGGUAAUUCAUGGGUUGGAUUCUACAGCGAUCACAAUAAGGGUAAUAAAUAUUAUGAUACCCAUCAAUGGGCUACAAAGUUCCACCAUGAAGGCAAGUUUGGACAAUAUAACAUGUAUGUAUAUUGUUCUAACAUGGCCAUCAGACCUGAGGCCCAAGCUCGAUUCUUCCUCCAUAAGGAAUAUGUAUCCAUUGCAAUAACGAUUCCCUGGGAACGCUAA